AUGGCAAUUUUUGGGUGGAGCUGGAUUAGCCAUGCUUGUGUUUUUUUUGAGGCUUUUGGGUUAACAUGGGGCAAACAUGGGGUCUGGUGUUUUGACGAGAACCAAACGGUAGGCUUCAUUUUCCGAAGGGAAUUGAUUAGGGCUGCAGCAGUGAGGACCGUUUCAGUUGCAAGUUUUCAGUGCCAGGCGGCCACGAUCGCGCUAGCUGGAUGCCUCCGGGGAUUCGAAGAGGGCAGUGAUCGUCCCGGUCCUGGGCUCUGGCGUGCCGUUCGGGGCAUGUUGGACUUCCGACAGGCCGCGGCCACGGAUGUCCCCGGGCCAAACUUCAAAAAGUGGCACCGCGCGGGUCGCCAGGUCAGAGACUACCGCUUCUGGGAAGCUGCCAAGGAUAUCGAUCGCAACAUCCUCGACUCUCUGGAACAGAAGGGCACCAAGCGCGAUGCGCCCACGGGCGAAGAUGCCAUCGCCGCCGCCGUGUACGCAGAGGAACUUGGAGAGGCCCCCCGCAAGAAGCGGCGAAAGAACAAAGGCGCCUCGAUGAAGUUGGAGAGCCUGCAGGGCCUUCAGUAUUGUGACUGCUAUGCAGGUCCUGUCGAGGAAGAAGAAGCCCCGGACCUUCUCCAGCAGAUGGCGCAGAAGGACAGAGAGCUCAUGGCGCUCAAGGAGGAGGUGCAGCCGGAGGACACCCCUAUGGAGGGCGCCGAUGGCCCUGGUACAGAGGCUCCUCAACCUGAAGCAGCCGAAGCGGAGAUCAAGGAAGGCGAAGCCAUCUCCGCGGUUUGCGACGUGGUCCCCCAGGCAGGGAGAGAGAGGGAGAGAGAGCGUGAGAGUGAGUGUACCCGUAAUAUCUUCAAAAGUCUCCCAUCUGCCCGCUUCGGCCGCAGCGUUUGGGCUCCUGGGCCGUGUCGGGUAGGGCCUUGCAGCGAUGGAGCAGGAUCUUCAAAGCUUGGCGGAGUCUGUUGCGCUCCAGAGUUGAGACAGAGCGUGCCCAUGGCACUUCAGAAGGGCGCGAGCUCCCCAGUACAUGAGGGGCAUGCCAUCAGUAACCUGACCAUGGAAAGCACAUUAGCUCAGACCCCUCUGCCCGGUGAGUGCAGAGACAAAUCCGAAGUUGAUGAAGAUUGCGACCACGAAGCAGGCUUGAAGAGUCAUGAACCGGAGCCUGCUGACCGAUUAGAGUGUCAACGCCACGAGCCGGCAAACGGGUUUUCCAGUCUUCGGAAGUUUUCGUGCCGCUGCAACCCUUUUCGAUCGCUCGCACGUAGCGUGCAGUUCGGAAAGUCAGCGCCAUCGAUCAACCAUUUGUCGUUCUUUUCCAUAGCGCCGAACAGCGUGGCCGAGGUGAUGCCACUGCAUGGCAAAGUCGCAGAUGUGAUCAGUUUUCAGUUGAAGCGGUACUUCCAGGAUCGUUGCGCCGGCGGGAAAUCGGCACUGCACCGCUUUGGUGAGGUGGCCGCAAUCUUGUUCAGCCUCCUCUUCUUGCUUCCCGUGUUCAGCUGGACGGUUUGUGCGCUUGUCCCGCUGGAAUCGCCCCAAAGUGGGUUUUGGUCCAAUUGGAUCUUUAAUCUCUUGGUUCAUCCUGUUCUCAACUAUGUUAUUGCUAGAGGCCAGAUUGAGGUAAUGGCUCGUGCAUUUUGCCAUGAUGCCCGCAUCGGUAUUCGCUGGAUUGUUCGCUUAACACCGCUGGCCAAUGUAAGUGUUUGCAUCUUGGUUCACCUGAUCGCAUCCCUUGCCGACGUGUAUCCCAUUCCGGUCUCACCGGUCACCGUCUGCGUCCGGAGUUUCGUGAAGUUCAACUUUGCCAACUGGGCUUCCUGGCUCUCACAGUUCCUCAUACUUGCCGUUUGGACCCUGAGAUUUCCUGCCAUGUCCGAGCACUUCCAGGCGCUCAGCACUAUCGGGAUCAGUCUUGUUAUCGCCGUCUUUGGUUGGAUAACACAGAAAUGCGGAGAUCGCAUUGGCCUCCCCAAAUUCCUCCUCGCCGAGUUAAAGCUCUGCAUGUUCUUCAUCGGUCUCUUCUGCUCUGCGUCGGUGAUGGAAUCAGUGAAAAGCAUCAGGGUGGUUUUCGUCAUCGCUAUUCUGGAUGCAGGCAAAGCGCUGGCUUUGACGGCGAAGCUGCUAUGGGAGCUUGUUCAGGCCCUCGAAGAGGAGGACGGCCUUUACGGUCUCCCCGAAGAGGACCCCGCAGCAACGCACUGCCGUCAGAAGCUGUGCACUGAACUGCAGAAGCAUUGGCUCAAGCUUCAACACAAGCUCGGAGUUGCAAGAAGAGUGGGCCAGAGGCUGCGAGGUGUUCUAGGACGCAUAGAGACCGGAAGAGCAGAGGAGAUGCAUACCUGUGACAUUUGUCCUGCAGACGCUCGGCUGUUGAAGAUCUUGACAGACUGCUGGGCCAGCUUAGCUCUCGUAGAGCUUUGCGAGCUCUUGGUGCCCAUGUUGUACAUGAUAAUCGCUUGCCUCCUUCGGUAUGUGGAGGGCAACCGCAUCUACUUCCUGCAAUUCCGGCACUCGAGCUUCGCAGAGUUUGAAGACGGCAUAGUCGGCAACUCCAUCGCCGUAGCUGUCGAGGUGGUCGUGUUCCUAGGCCAGCAGAUCUGGCUUCUCCGCAUGUUCGGUAUCAACUUGUUCGAGCUUACAGGCGCCCUGAUUCGCCUGGACUUUUCAUUCUAUUUCUUUGCAAUGGCAUUGGACGAGCAGUCUGCUGUCAGCGUCAUCUGCUCCGUUCUUGAGUCCCGGCCGGAGCUUGCGCCGUCAGUGGUUUCCUUCUCCGUGCCAGACCUGACAUAUCCGCCCAUCAAGGCCCUGGUGGAAAGGCGCUCCGAUGGUUUCAUCAAGUCCUUCAACACGGAGAAGGGCUUUGGAUUCAUCGCCUGCGAGGAGCUCUACAAUGUCUUUGGCAACGACGUGUUCCUAGUCGGCCAGCAGAUGGGCUCGUUCAAUGUCGGCGACGAGGUCAGUUUUGCAGUCGCGCUGAACAAGGACAACAAGCCACAGGCCUAUGACCUUCGGUGGCAGCACCAUCGAAACGUGGCCAGCGGCAAGGGGGGCGUGAAGGGUGCCUGGCAUGCCCCUCAGCAGAACCAGCAGCAGCAGCAGUGGGGCGGUGGGAAGUCGAAAGGCAGUGGUGGUGGUGCUGGUUCUUGGGGCAAGGGUUCCUGGCAGCCGAAAGCCGUCACGUCCCCGGCGCAGGAAGCGCCGACCUACCAGGCCUGGAAACCUGCCGAGCCUCAGCAGCAGCCUUCGUGGAAGAAGAGGAAGUCCGACGAGGCAUUCGAGCCACCUUCGGAGGCAGUCAUUGGAAACUAUUCUGGCUUCAUCAAGAGCUUCAACCCAAGCAAUGGCUACGGCUUCAUAGUCUGCCAG